AUGUGACACUAUUAUAAAGAUGGUGUUUAUUAAAGAGGAGAGUGAAGACCUGAAGAUUGAAGAAGCAUUCAGAGUCAAACAUGAAGAUACUGAGGAACAAACAAAGAUGGAGUUUAUUAAAGAGGAGAGUGAAGACAUGAAGAUUGAAGAAGCAUUCAGAGUCAAACAUGAAGAUACUGAGGAACAAACAGCUCAAAAUACAGCAGUUAGGGUAAGUUAUUUCACCUGCCAACAGUGCGGGAAAAGUUUCACCAGAAAAGACAAUCUUGAAGUCCACAUGAGAGUUCACACUGGAGAGAAACAUCACACAUGUUCUCAAUGUGGAAAAAGUUUUUCAUAUAAACAACACCUCGAUGACCACACGAGAAUUCACACUGGAGAGAAACCUUUCACCUGCCCUCAGUGUGGAAAGAGUUUCACUCAAAAAGGACACCUUAAAAACCACAUGAGAGUUCACACUGGAGUGAAGCCUUUCACCUGCAAACUGUGUGGAAAGAGCUUAAUUCGAAAAUCAAACCUUAACAACCACAUGAGAAUUCACAGUGGAGAGAAACCUUUCGUAUGUUCUCAAUGUGGAAAAAGAUUUACACAAAAACAACACCUCGAUGACCACACGAGAAUUCACACUGGAGAGAAACCUUUCACCUGCCCUCAGUGUGGAAAGAGUUUCACUCAAAAAGGACACCUUAAAAACCACAUGAGAGUUCAUACUGGAGUGAAGCCUUUCACCUGCAAACUGUGUGGAAAGAGCUUAAUUCGAAAAUCAAACCUUAACAACCACAUGAGAAUUCACAGUGGAGAGAAACCUUUCGUAUGUUCUCAAUGUGGAAAAAGUUUUACACAAAAACAACACCUCGAUGACCACACGAGAAUUCACACUGGAGAGAAACCUUUCACCUGCCCUCAGUGUGGAAAGAGUUUCAUACAAAAAGGAAACCUUAAUAAACACAUGAAGAUUCACACUGGAGAGAAGCCGUUCACAUGUGAUGGACGUAAGGUUGCUCUUUAACGUGUACGAUCACAAUAGUGAUUCGUGUUCAGUGUGUCAUGUGAUUAAGUUCAAAUAUGCUUUCGUGCUUUGGCUGGUGCUGAGCCAGAGAUGGACGAGCUUAGCGCUUGUCAUAUCC